UUUCAAGAAGUUCAAGUAAGCCCAGCCUAAAGCUUUACCUCUAUAGAUGUGCUCAAAGCAACUUCUGAAGCAUGUCUGCUUUAUUCCGCCUGCUAUAUGUCAUAGCUGUUUGCCAUAUUGGUGAAUCUCACUUAUGUAAUCAAGUCAUCCAGUUGAAUGGAUCCCUUGGAAAACCUUUAGUUCUAUAUCAAUUACGUAUGAUGCCAGAAUAUGAAACUCUCUACCUAACAACCACAAAUACGACCGCAAAAAUUCCAUUCCUGGUAUAUCAUCUGAUUAAAAAUCUAACUAUUUAUCCAGAAGCCAACGAUUCUGGUGGUCGAUACCAGUUCAAGCGAGACAGCUCAUCCGUCAUCAUCCCCAAGUUACAGAAGGAUGAUGAAAAAAAAUACGAGCUCUCGGUACAAAGAAAAGAUUUCGUCUGGUUCGUGUGUGAAAUUGAGCUCAAGGUCUAUGAACAGAUCUCGAAUUUGACAGUCAGUGUAACAGAGGAUUCUCGGAACGACACCUGUAAUGUCACCAUGAAGUGCCUGAUGAAGACCGGAGAUGACGUGACUUUCAGCUGGAUGAAAGAUAAUAAGACGCUGAGCCAUAAUGGCAGCACGUUAGAGAUCAGCAUCACGACUGACAACGCUAACAGCAUAUUCCGGUGCACCGCCACAAAUCCCGUGAGUGAGGGAUGGAGCGAGCAUACCCUGUCCUCUGCAUGUAACCCGAAUAACGAUAAUGGUUUUCCUGACAUCUUGUUCUACAUUUUGGUGUCUUCUUCACUCAUCCUUGUUGCCAUCAUUGUGAUAGUAAUUGUGAUGAUCAAAAAAAAAAGCAAAAGAGAUAUAUACUUAAUGCGAUGUGUAAAGCCUCCAAGUAUGCCAGAAAGUAGACCCCCAGUGCCUGAACCAGCAUCCGAGCAGAGGCCUGAAGGCAUCCAGACAGUGUAUGCCAUUGUCCAGAAACCCAAGAAUCAAAGUAUAAGCUCAGAUGCAUCGAAAAGCCUUCCUUUUUCAUCGGUGUACGAGCUGGCUGGUCCUUACCGAAAUAACAUCCAAGUACAGAACUUAACUGAUGAGAUCAGGGUGUAGAAAGUACCCAUGAGAGGACUGUGCAAGAGCCUUGUGUCGCUAGAAGCCACGGAUGUACGGACUCAUAGGACAAACGUGGAAACCAGGUCUUCUCCUGCCAGAGUUCACCCUUAAGGACUGAUUUGUGAAUACCCCACUCCUUUUCACUCUUUUACCAUUUUGUGGCAAAUUCUAGAAUCCUAUUCUGUUACAGGUACUGUCAUUUAUGGUGAAAGCAAAAAAAUGUAGAUUUCAUUGUAAAGAUAGAUAAAGUGGAGCUCCCCUUUAAAUCGAAAGAAAAUGGACAUAUGUUCUGACAAAUCUGAUGGAGGAUUUUUUGCAUCCUUUCAUUUAUCGUACGAUUGCCGGACAUUGGAUACUGUUUGUAAUCAGGGGAGGGUUCCCCUUUAGGCGUACGUUUAAACAUGGCAGAUUUGUUGCAAAGGUUUCAAGAAUGCAAAGUCCGCACCAUGCAUCUGAAUGGGGUUGUUUCUGCAGCAUCUGGACACAACAGACAGAAUUGUCAUGCUCAAGUUUGUUUAAAGGGAACCCUCCACCUUCGAAAUACUUCGCAGUCUAUGGACGCCAUGUCGUAGAGCAGGAGGAGCUGAGCAGAUUGAUGUAUUGCUUUAUGGGGUACGAUUCAGUAAAACUUUUAUUUUAUGCAUUUCAAUCUCUCCCCUAUCUGGGCUUAGUUGUACGGUGGGCGGUCCUACUCAGUGAUUGACAAGUAUCUGUGCAGUCAGGACCGCCCACUGGACUCCUAAGCUCUGAAGAAGAGGGAUUUAAAUGAAUAAAUGAGAAGUUCUACUGACUCCUUUCCCGCAAAACUACAUAUCCAUCUGCUCAGCUCCCCCUGCUCUACAAGAUGGUGUGGGCUGAUCAGACACCGGGUACUACCCUUUAAGUUACAUAUGGAGAUCUCUAACUUUCCUUUCUGGACUCGUGGGAUAAGGUAAGUGCCCUCAGAUACCCACACACCUUGAACAGCUGCAUCUCCCCCGUACACAUACACGAUCGGCUCAGCUCAUGUGAUUAUUUACUACGGUUUGUGGCACAUAUUUGCAUAUUAGAAAAAAAAAAUCCCGUCUGCAAAUCUUCCCUUGUUUUUCACGCCUACUUUAAUGGCUUACGGGGACUUUUCUUUUGUUGUUUUUUUAUGAGGUAUUUUGAACUAGAAUGAGUGUUCCUGCGCGGGCACAGAUGUUCGCAGACCUUCCUGUGUGCUUCAUGCUAGUAUUAGAACAUGUGACAUCUUCCCUUGAACUUUUUUAAAUUUUUUAUUUUUUUGCAUUUAGAGAUUACAUCAGAUGGCUGUGAUGAAUUUCUAGAGAAACCUUCUGAGCCAUUCACAUGGUGGCCACGGUUCUGGGUUUUGCAGUAGAACGAUCUGUGUGAAUAGGAUAUUAAAUUUUUUUAUUUUUUUUAGUCUUUAUUUUAGUGUCACAACUUUUCACUACCACUAGGUGGCGACAGAGCACCUCGAUUAUAGUUACAGUAAACUCUUGGGGACAAUUUUUUUAAACUAUUAUAAACUUUUUACAUGCAGAGCCCCAGGCAGUCUGUAACGUGGGGCAUCUUCCCCCAGGACCUGCCCUCGCCAUAGUAAUAAGCCAAGGGAACUACAUACUUUUAGCUAGCCACAGUGCUAUUGGUAGCUCAGGAGCUGUGCCUGCGCCUUUCCUUGCGGGUGCCAGCUGUAUUACAGGAUGGGAGGGGUGUUCAACCCCUUAGAUACC